CUUGACGCUGGUGCCUGACAGCUGCCACACUGGACUCGGACUGAGCCGAACUGUCGUUCCUGUGAUGCCCCAGGGCGGGCCGAGCUGGUCGGGGUUGCGAUGCCGUACGUGGACCGACAGAACCGCUUCUGUGGCUUCCUGGACAUCGAGGAGAAUGAGAGCAGCGGCAGGUUCCUGCGGCGAUACUUCAUCCUGGACAUUCAGCAGGGCAACCUGCUGUGGUACAUGGACAACCCACAGAAUCUGCCUAAAGGUGCAGAGAAGGUGGGAUCUCUCAAACUCACCUAUAUCUCCAAGGUCAGCGAUGCCACCAAACUCAGACCAAAGGCAGAGUUCUGCUUUGUGAUAAAUGCAGGAAUGAGGAAGUUUUACCUGCAGGCCAACGACCAGCAGGAUUUGGUGGAAUGGAUCAGUGUUCUCAACAACGCCACCAAAAUUACUGUGCCAAAGCCGGGCGAGGGCCACACCGCCCACGCAGAGACUCCACAGGAAGCACACGGAGCCAUGAAGCAGGUCUCCUACAAGACUGAGAUCAUAGGUGGAGUCCCUAUCAUCACUGCUACACAGGAGCAGGGGGAGGGGCAGAACGGGGCGGAGCGUGGAGGUCUGAAGCGGGGUCAGAAUCAACUGCCCUACUUCCUGUCCAGAGGAGCGCAGGACCAGGCCAUCAUCAAGGCUGGAUACUGUGUGAAACAGGGAGCUGUGAUGAAGAACUGGAAGAGGAGGUACUUCAUGCUGGAUGAAAACGCUGUCAGCUACUACAAAUCAGAAAUGGAGAGGGAGGCACUGAAAGUCAUCCAGCUGAAGGAGAUCCACAAAGUGCAGGAGUGCAAACAGAGUGAGCUGAUGAUGAGGGACAACCUGUUCGAAAUGGUCACCAGCUCCAGAACCUUCUACAUACAGGCUGACAGUCCAGAGGACAUGCACAGCUGGAUUAAGGCCAUCUCAGGGGCGAUCGUGGCUCAGCGUGGCCCCGGACGCUCAGCUAACACUGAGCGCAUUGACCACUCAUCUCCCUCCCCAACAUCCUCCUCCACCUUCUACUACUCCCUUGACGAGGAACUACAACACCCACAAUCCUCCUCCGGCACCGCCUCAGCGGGCCCUCAGCCUCACGCUGGACACACACCACCAGGACAACUUCCUGGGCUUGCUUCCGUGGAGACUGAGUGGCGUCCAGUCCGUGAUGAUGCCCCUCCCUUCGGCGCGCUCCCGCCUGUCGCUGCAGGAGACGGUGCAGCCUUCGAAGUAACGGAGGAGAAGGAGUCACCGUGGAAACGGCGCAGCGAAUUGGGAUUAGUUGGCAGCGGUGGCGGGGAGGAGCUGAACAGUCACACCACUGAAAAUUCUGACCUGCAGAUGACCCUGAUUUGACGAUGACGAGCGUGAUGAUGAUGAUUGACAGUCUCUGAAGAACACACACACACACACACUUACACACCUCUACACGAGCUCCAUGUGCUGAGACCACUCCUACCUGACUGGUCAGAUGAUCCUUCUACAAAACUUCCUGGGACCAUUUAUUGUGCACAUGUGGAAUCAGACCUUCUCCCUCUGCCGUUUUUCCUUUACUUUUGUCUUCCUGGUUAUUAUUUUGCAAAGUGUUGCUGCCGGCAAACAGACGCCAUGCAUUGUCAUGCAAGGAAAAUUAAUCUUGGAUAUUGUACAGUGACGUUUUGACAUGUUUCAGUAGCACAAGAACCUUGAACCCUGCUCAUUGCACCGUCAUGGACAGGUUUCAUGAUUCAUGUAAGAAACAGGCAAACCAAAUUUUGCUGUCGAUGUUUUUCUACGGCAGCAGCUCAGAUGUUACAGGCGGUCAAAACCUGGAGGCGUCAGCUGUCUGUUUGACUCUGCUGAGAGACUGAUUAAUCCAGCCUCUCAGAUUUUUGAAGACAAUCCUGCUGAAUAUUAGAAACUCUUUAAUCCUGAAUUACCACUGGGGAGCUUUUACUGUCUCCUCUAUCUCAUCUCCACUUGAAAAGGUUAUCCUGUCAACACGUGUUAGCGCUUUAGAGCUCCGAAGUCCAGAUUCACUGCAGUUGUAUUUCCAGGGAUGUCUGCACACUGUUUUCAUCCUCUUCACAAAGAAAUUUCCUGCCGUCUGUCGGAUGAAGACUUUGAAUCUCUAAAAUGUCAGAAUUCCAAAAAUGAGAAGGAACAAACUUGUCCGUGACAUCAUGCUCUUUUUGAACUUAUUGAAUUUACAUAAGCCAGGAGACCAUCUGACUUUCCAGAGCCACAGUAAAGGCCUGGUCACACAAGCAUUUAUUAUAACAUUUAAAUACCAAAAAAAAGGUUCAUUUCCAUGUAAUCAGUGGUUUCACUUGUGGAGGUGAAGUGAAUCUGGAUGGAGCUUCUGCAUAGAGUUAAACUGUGAACUUUGACACACGGUUGGCAGAUGUGACCUUUGAGAGAAAAGAGAGCUUGGGAGUCCAAAAUGGAAAAAUCAUAUUUGCUGUGUUGCACCGUCCGAUUUUCUAGAACCCAUCUCUGCUGGAGUGCAAACAUGGUUCGAGUGGAUGGUACAAACGUCUGUUAACAUAUUGUGCUGCCAGUAAAUGUGCCAGCUAGCUUGCUAACUGUAGCUUCCUGGUAGCAAGCCAGCUAGCAAGCUAUUUUGGCUGCCUGGCAUCAGCAUGUUACUGGUUGGCUUGUCAACAAGCCCCACAAGUACUUAAUAUGUCACCAAGCUUCCAGCACCUACUCUGCAAGGACAUGCACAGAAUUUCUUGGUUCACUUUCAGAUUUAGCUGUGCAUCAAGAUGCAUUUAGUUUGUAAGAUUAACUAAUAACAUCAUCAACAUACUGUAUCUCCAGCAGUAAUCUGGAGCCAUUCACUGUUUGAGGAAAUGUCCCAGGUAUAAAGACGUUUAUCUCCCAAAGAGACAAAGAGAGGAGAGCUUUCAGCUGCAGUGCAGUCAUUGCCUGCCUCAUCUGUGGUUCCAGUAACUGUUACAGUAUUUGGGUUUUACAUGCAAGUGAAAACAUUGUAUUUGCAAAACGUCAGCGUCUCUGAAUUAUCAACAGGAAUUCAAGUCUUUUCUAAAUCAAAGAUUGUAAAUCUUUCAACUGAAGCAAAAACAUGAAAUUUACCAAAGCGGUGUCAUGGAACAGAUGACUUUGAUAACAUUGUGCUCCAGAGAACCUGAGCUGAGCACAACAAUUAAAUGUUUCUGGUGAAAGUACCAGAAAAGACGAGUUAAAGGCGGGGUGCGUCAUUCUGGAGAAAGAUUGUUGGUAUUAUCAUCUCUGCUUCUUCGUCCCUCUCUCUCGCCCCGUCUCCCCCUCGGCCCGUGGAGCACCAACACGCCACCUCUUGCUGAUUGGCUGGCUCAGUCCCAUGAUUAUUUUCGACGUACACACAGAACGGACAGCCAGCAGGCCGUGAGGAGAUAUGAUUCCAGCAGUCUUUGUGCAGAAUGACUCACCCCGCGUUUAAAGCAGCGUUGAUAAAAGGACGCGCUGCUGUGGACUGAAGUGUUGAAGAACUGAUCUUCAUUCUGCUCACCAGCUCAACUCACCUCACCUCCUGCACUGUACAUCCAUGUUACCGUUCUUUUGUAACUCUGUCAGAUGUUGAUGUAUUUGUUUUAAUGUUUUUGGUUUAAACAUGUAGGGAGACAUGAAACCAUAUUGUUGAUUUGUUGAUCUGUAAAUGCUGUUUUUGGACUUGGGAGCUGCGAGCGGGUUUGGAAAUCCAAACCAUCCAUUUUUUCUCGUUUUGUUUGCUUCCAGGCUGCGAGCACCGGAAAGUGCUGGAGGCUGGUUUUGGGUGUUUUCUCUGUUCAGAUGUGCUUUUAGUUUUGAUGAUAUUAUUAUUCACAGUGAUGAGAUGCUUUUGAGGAAAAAAAAUCUCUCUAUAUAUGUUGUUUACUGAUUUUUAUAAAGACGUGUGCAUGAUUGCAUGCACACACACCCUCACCGUCAUUGUUCCCUGAUAAACAUAAGCUGGGUAAAGUGCCUGCGUUGUUCUUUCUAAAGAGUUGAUGAAAAAUGACAAGCUGUUUUGACCCUUUUUAGUGUGUACUUGAUUCUAAGACCAUGUGCUCUGUUUAUUAAUAGAAAUUUGA